AUGGCCCUCCUGACUGCAGAGGGCAGUGUUGCUACAGACCACACUGAUCCUCAGGAGAAGGAGGCUAGCGCUAAAUGCAUGAGGACCGGUCAGAAGAAGGAUAAGAGCCGUGUUUGUGGAGGUCUGCUCUGCUGCUGCAGCUCAGGGCCGCGGAUCCACGGCGCUCGAGUGAAGUGCGAGCGGGAACCCUGCGUCCUCCUGCGGGAGCUGGAAGCACAGAGCUAA